AUGAUAGUAAACACUGGAAGUGCUAUUUUGAGCGUAAAAGUGGUCAAACAUUUGGUUUGUGGACUCAAAGCCAACAAAACGCUGCCAAAACUUUUGCUAACAAACUGCAGACAAUUGAGUACUCAAUCGCAGACCUCACCAGAGAUUAUCACCCAACAGGGCAUCACUCAAAGCAAACCCAUUGCCAUGUCUUCACCGCAUAUCUACACCAAUGAUAGCCUGGUGGUUCAAUUGGACGCCGAGAAGCUGUUCAAUGGUCUGACGGAUGAGGAGUCGCUGUACGCCCACUACAUGUCAAAGGCCUCGUGGUUUGGAUCACUGAUCAACUUAUUUCAGACGUCUCCGGAGUCGCCGCUAAUCUUCACUCUCUUUCGGCGUAUAUUUGGGAACCAAUCCAUCGAUGAGUUGAAGAGUUUGGCCCAAAGUGUGGCUCAUUUUGAUGACAACGAGUGGCGGGCAUUGUUAGUGUAUUUGUCGGCAUUUUUGGCAUCGAUGGGAAACUAUCGCUUUUACGGCAGCAAUCAAUUCAUACCCGAUUUGCCACAAAACAAAUUGGAGGCACUGGUAGUCAACUCCAGGGCCUAUCAGACCAAUGAGAAGGACUUGCGAUUCAUUUGGGAAAACGUGAAGAAAAGGAUGUAUUCUCUGGAGAAACACGAGUUGUCUCUCGGAUUCCCUCCAGAAGGAACGACAACUUAUUUCUCGAAGAACUGCACGAAAGAGGACUUCGAAGUCAUCAAAGAGUUCAUGAAAUCAAUUAAAAUGGAUUCACAUAACAGUCGUGUCUUCAAAGACAGCGAAACCAAUACUUUUACCAUCAGAUUCGCAUCGAUUCUGUCGGAUGAGGACAUAGAGGACAGCGAUUAUCUGCGACUGAAUGGCAAUGAACUGAAUGGCUAUCAGUUUGUGUUAAGUCGAGGCGAUUACUCGCCAUUACUUGAGAUGACAAACAAAUACUUAUCAAAAGCUAAAGAAUUCACAGAAAACGACACUCAGAAGCAAAUGAUUGAACAAUUCAUUGAACACUUUCGGAGCGGAGAUAUUCGUCACCAUAAGGACGGCUCAAGACAUUGGAUCAAAGAUAAGGGACCUAUAGUUGAGACACACAUUGGAUUCACGUAUAACUAUAGAGACCCGUCGAAAAUGAGGGCCGAGUUAAUGGUUAUUUUUGUUUUUGAAGCAUUUGUUACGAUUGUCGACAAAGAGUUGUCCAAAAAAUUGGAAUCAUUGGUGAGUUUGUCGCCAUCACUGCUACCACUGCUUCCGUGGCCUAAAGACCUCGAAAAGGAUCGCUUCCUUCAGCCAGACUUCACAUCACUGGAUGUGUUGAUGUACUCGAAGGUUGACUUCAUUGGGUAUAAUAUUCCUGUUUAUGCGGACAUCCGUCAGGACGAAGGCUUCAAAAACAUGACUUUCGGGAAUGUCAUCACCGGAAAGCUGAAUAACAUAAAACUAAACUUUUUCAACCCUGAUCACUCGAAACUUAUGCAAACAUAUUUGAUUCAUAGUAGAGAAGUUAAUACAUCACUUCACGAGCUGUUAGGACACGGCUGUGGAAAACUGCUACAAAUAGUGGACGGAAAGCCUAACUUUGAUGUCGAGAACACCAUAAAUCCAUUGACUAAUGAAAAAGUGGACAAAUGGUACAAAACGGGCGAAACCUAUGAAUCAAAGUUUACUUCAUUGAGUGGUCCUUACGAGGAAUGUCGGCCCGAAUGUGUGGGUCUUUACAUGUGUUUCAAUACCGAUGUCUUGGAAAUCUUUGGAAUCAAGGGAAUUGAGACUCAAACUGUUAUUUACAUGAUUUGGCUCAAUAUGGUUGUGAGAGGUGUAGAAGCACUCCAGAUGUAUAACACGAAUAGCAAUAAGUGGGGUCAGGCCCACGCACAGGCCUGGUAUGUCAUACUACGGGUCCUAUUGGUUACAAUUGAAUACAUCGACAAGUCUUCGACAGACGGUCUGUACUUUGAGUUGAGUUUUGUUCACAAAAUAAUUGAUGUUUUGGUUGUGUUUAGGAAAACCGGAUCUAUUGAUACGACUCUCGACCGACAACUCAUUGAAAGUGUCAGCCGUAAAGCGAUCGAAGAUUUUCUGCUCAGACUUCAGACCUACAAGUCUUUGGGAGACAUGGAGUCCGCGCACCAGAUGUUUGACGCCUACAGUCAAGUGUCGGACACUUUAGAGCAUCCGUUCCUCACAUACAGGGCUGUAGUGAUGGACAGACAUAAACCGCGAGUUUUAUUUGUUCAGUCGUCCACUGAAGUGAUCGAUGGAAAGGUAGUGCUGAAGACCUUUCCGACCACUGAUGAGGGUCUCAUUGAGUCGUUUGCCUCACAUUUGGACGAUAAAGAUGUCGAUAUCGAUGACAUUGUUCUCGAGUUGUGGCGCAAAGACUACAAACAUUUCUAUUGA